AGAUCUGUCAGAUCAGUGUCACGUCACAAGUUGAAAUAAAACAUUGAUGAAAAUACAUUAUUUUCUACAUUAAAUACUAUAUAUAGUGCACUAAUAAUGGAUUUAAAAACGUUUGGCGAGGAUAAUUUUGAUUCGAAACAAUGGAUUAAUAAGGCUUGGGCCUCUAGCGGUAACCAAGAAAAGGAGAUUUUCGUUGCCAAUACAGUUUCAAGAUUGCAGCUGUAUAUGAAACAGCUGACAAACUCUCUGGAUGAGACUACCACGCAGAUUGUAACCUCAAUCCCUCGCAUAGUGCAAGACGCGUCAUCCCUGCAACUAGAAGGUGCCCUUCUGCAGCAGAAGCUGAUGUCUCUUGAACAGAAGGUCCAAAGCGUUGAGGAGCAGACCGGUCACUCAAUAGAAAGUCUUCAGAAGAUUGAUCAGUUGAAGAGUCGUUUGGAGAAUGCAGCAUCAGCUCUUCGCGAAGCUGACAAAUGGGCAGCACUGGCGUCUUCUCUUGAGGAUAUACUGGAGACAGGUGUCCCCACACAGCCAGACAAACUGUCCGAGUUAGCGGACCAGGUCUCAGCGAUGACUGCGAGUUUAGAGGUUUUAAGUGACGCUCCCGACUAUGAAACGAAACGACUUCAAUUGGAAACUCUAUACAAUCGUCUUGAAGCCGCGAUCAGUCCACCGAUUAUAGAAGCUCUCACGCAAAUGGACGCGGAACGCACAUCCCGUUACGUAACAAUAUUUACCGGCAUGAAUCGCUUCGUCUCUCUCUGCCGCUGUUGGCGCCGGGCGGCCGCACAGCGUCUGGCGAGCGACUGGCCGCGACUGUCCUCCCACACCCUCGCCGCUACCACCGCCAUGCUAUCAGCUGAUGCUGCUAAACAGGUUGAUUGGCUAACCAACGUUCUGAAGACAGACACCCCUCUUGCUGAGCUGUUGAGACUCUACACGGACCUUCUACUCUCGUUGGACCCUUCACCGACUAAGGUGGUAUCAGCCAACCUCAAGCUCUGUUCGACUCCCGAAGAAGGGAUCCAGCUGCUAAUAACUCUGCGGUCGGACAUCGAUGACUUUAUAACUUGUAUACAAGGAAUAAUUGACGCGCCAAGACCUAAUAAAGAAACCCUACCGGCGACAAUUCUCCGCGAGUUCGGUCGCGCUGCGUACGCGCCUCUCCGCGAGCUCCUCCCGCAGUACAGCGAGCUGCAGACACAGCUGCUGCUUCAGCAUCUGAAGGAUCCGCAGCUGGACCAGGAGGAUCUUCUAGAACACUCUAGAGCGAUACUAACAGUGUCGGAGAGGUGUGAGCAAUGGCUGGCCAAAGCUCACAGCACAGCAAAGAAGAUAGCAGGAGAUGCCCUUAGCCCUUAUUAUAUACCAGCAGUUGAGAAUUUUAUAUCAACCCUCGCGUCUCUUAUAUCAGCUCAUGCCCGCCGCAUAGAGACCACCUUCUUAUCCUCUGCAUCAUCAGGCCAGGCCACAGGAGUACUGUCCUCCAGCUUCCCGGCCUCGCUGAUGCUGCAGACGGCAGCAGCUACCAUCCUGGAUACACUCGCCAAGCAGGAGUUUGAAGAACCAAAGGAUCUAGAUCCCCUCCACGACCUCCCAUACCUGCUGCUGGAGUCGUCGGAGCGGCCCCGCGGCCCCCCUCCCCCCCUGCCCUCCUCCGCGACCCUCCGCCGAAGCAAGGACCAGCUGCGGAACCUCGCCAGAGCUAUAUUGAGGAACCCUAUUCAUGUACAACUAGAGAAAAUACCUCAACUAUCUGUUUGGAAUAAUAAUGAUGCGCUCUCAACGGACCUCCCAGACUUUGCCCUGUCUCCACAAGAAUAUAUCACUGAGAUUGGGCAGUACUUGAUGACAUUGCCCCAGCAUCUAGAAAUGCAUUUGUCUGAGAAGCAAGCGCCGCUCCAAUAUUUAUCAGAAGUUUGCACACAUACUUGUGAAGUGUAUGCGGAGAAAAUAUUGAAUAUUAGAAACAUGGAUGCCCUUGGCACUAAACGGUGUUUGAAUGACAUUGUAUACCUAUCCAGUGUGGUGGAAGAUUUGGGUAGCAGCAUCACUCCAGCCCUGCGCAGCUUGGAGAAGUCACUGCGAGCCGCCGCGCCGGCACAGACAGACUGACAGACAAGAAGACAUUAAACUAUACUAAUAAAAGUCCUGCUAAUAUUAUAAAAGCGAAAGUUUGUAUGUGUGUGACUCUUUUACGCAAAAAUCACUAACGGAUUUAGACGAAACUUGGUACAGAGAUACACUCGGCGUCAAAAAAAUCGCACCUCCUUGAAAAUAACAUUCAAAGCGUUAUUAAACCUUAACACGCGCAUGUACCCCCACCAAUAUUGAUGUCAUUUGAAAGCCAAAUAAAUAAACUUAUAAAAAAACA